AUGGUUAUCGACAAGGAGACCAAAGAGCAGAAGAGGACGAAGCCCAGGGUGUUGAGCCCACAACCAGAACCUGCGGAUCUCUUGAAGGUGUUAGAUUUUCACAAUUUACCUGAUGGCAUAUCGAAGACAACAGGUUUUUGCACAAGCAGAAGGUCUUCCAAAGAAGCCGACGUGGCCUAUCGAGUGACGAAAGAUGCUCAGCUGAGCGCCCCAACCAAGCAGCUCUAUCCUGCAUCUCCAUUUCCUGAAGAUUUCUCAAUCCUAACCACUGUAAAAGCAAAGAAAGGAAGCCAGUCCUUCUUGAUUUCCAUUUACAAUGAACAAGGCAUCCAGCAGGUGGGUGUGGAGAUGGGCAGGUCGCCUGUGUUCCUCUACGAAGACCACACAGGGAAGCCCAGCCCAGAGGACUACCCUCUCUUCCGAGGCAUCAACCUCUCUGACGGCAAGUGGCAUCGGAUAGCUAUCAGCGUGCACAGGAAGAAUGUCACCUUGAUUUUGGAUUGUAAAAAGAAAAUCACAAAGUUCUUGGACCGCAGUGACCACCCUAUCAUUGAUGUCAAUGGCAUAAUAGUAUUUGGAACCAGGAUCCUGGAUGAAGAGGUCUUUGAGGGCGACAUCCAGCAGCUCCUUAUGGUGGAUGAUCAUCGAGCAGCCGCCGAUUACUGUGAGCACUACAGCCCAGACUGUGACACGGCUGUUCCAGAAGCACCCCAGUCUCAGGAUCCCAAUCCUGAUGAAUACGAUCGCCCCCCUCCUUCCACCCCAGCCCUGCCAGUUGUGGAGAACCCUCGGGAGGAGAGGAGGGAAGACGACAGGGUGGACGAUCCGCUAGUGGACGAGUAUAAUUAUGAAACCAUCACAGAUGAAUACUACACUCCGCUACCAUAUGAGGAUCUGAACUAUGAUGACCUUGACCCAGCAGAAAAGCUCCCAGAAGGCGCCAUUGAGGCAGAAGUUCCCACCACCACGGUCAUCACUGUCAAUGAAACUGAGACUGCAGGGAGAGAGAGCCAAGGCGGAGAAGAUGCUGACAAGGACUUUGCGGAGGAAACCAUCCGGGAGUACGACACCUACUACGACGGCUACUACGACAGAACAGACUCUCCUGAUAUUGGGCCUGGAAUGCCUGCGAACCAGGACACGCUUUACGAAGGGAUCGGUGGGCCACGAGGUGAAAAAGGGCAGAAGGGGGAGCCAGCGAUCAUUGAACCGGGGAUGCUCAUUGAAGGCCCACCUGGUUCAGAAGGCCCAGCAGGUCUUCCAGGGCCUCCAGGAACAACUGGGCCAACGGGCCCGCCGGGGGAUCCUGGAGAAAGGGGACCUCCCGGACGAUCGGGGCUUCCUGGAGCAGAUGGCUUGCCGGGACCUCCAGGGACGAUGCUGAUGCUUCCGUUCCGCUUCAGUGGGGGCGGCGACGGUGGCUCGAAGGGCCCCAUGGUCUCUGCUCAGGAGUCCCAAGCUCAAGCCAUCCUGCAACAAGCCAGGCUGGCGUUGAGAGGACCAGCCGGCCCAAUGGGCCUCACGGGAAGGCCAGGCCCCAUGGGAUCUCCGGGCAGCGGAGGAAUCAAGGGUGACCCAGGAGACAUGGGGCCUCAGGGUCCACGAGGUGUGCAAGGCCCCCCAGGCCCAUCCGGGAAACCAGGACGCCGGGGACGUGCUGGCAGUGAUGGGGCAAGAGGAAUGCCAGGGCAGACGGGGCCAAAGGGGGACCGAGGUUUCGAUGGCCUGGCUGGACUGCCCGGGGAAAAGGGGCAUCGGGGUGAACCCGGUCCUUCAGGUCCCCCAGGGGCCCCCGGUGAAGAUGGGGAGAGGGGCGAUGAUGGAGAAGUCGGGCCCCGCGGUCUCCCUGGGGAAUCUGGACCCCGUGGAUUGCUGGGACCCAAAGGGCCUCCGGGACCCCCUGGACCUCCAGGCAUAGCUGGCAUGGAUGGACAAACAGGCCCCAAGGGGAAUGUGGGUCCACAAGGUGAGCCCGGACCUCCAGGGCAGCAGGGAAAUCCAGGUGCUCAGGGUCUUCCUGGUCCUCAAGGCUCGAUUGGUCCACCAGGGGAAAAAGGUCCACUAGGAAAACCUGGCCUUCCUGGCAUGCCUGGAGCAGACGGUCCUCCGGGCCACCCUGGCAAGGAAGGUCCUCCUGGGGAGAAGGGGAGCCAGGGUCCAGCUGGCCCCCAGGGCCCGAUUGGAUAUCCUGGCCCUCGUGGUGUCAAGGGAGCGGAUGGCAUCCGUGGCUUGAAAGGGACCAAGGGCGAGAAGGGUGAAGACGGCUUCCCCGGAUUCAAAGGCGACAUGGGCAUUAAAGGAGACAGGGGUGAAAUUGGGCCCCCCGGUCCACGGGGCGAGGACGGACCAGAAGGCCCAAAAGGCCGCGGGGGCCCCAAUGGAGACCCCGGACCACUCGGCCCUGCCGGAGAAAAGGGGAAACUUGGAGUUCCUGGACUGCCAGGUUAUCCUGGUAGACAAGGUCCCAAGGGGUCCAUUGGAUUUCCAGGGUUCCCAGGCACCAAUGGAGAGAAAGGUGGAAGGGGCACCCCUGGCAAACCGGGGCCAAGAGGCCAACGCGGCCCAACGGGUCCACGAGGAGAACGAGGUCAGCGGGGCAUCACAGGCAAGCCGGGGCCGAAGGGCAACUCUGGUGGGGAUGGUCCACCGGGCCCUCCAGGCGAAAGGGGUCCUCCAGGGCCUCAGGGACCUACGGGAUUUCCUGGACCAAAAGGUCCUCCGGGUCCCCCUGGGAAAGACGGGUUGCCUGGCCACCCUGGGCAGAGAGGUGAAACGGGCUUCCAAGGCAAGACGGGUCCCCCUGGGCCUCCGGGAGUUGUUGGGCCGCAGGGUCCCACUGGAGAGACGGGUCCAAUGGGGGAACGCGGCCAUCCGGGGCCUCCAGGCCCACCAGGUGAACAGGGACUUCCUGGGCUGGCUGGAAAGGAAGGCACGAAGGGUGACCCCGGCCCCACAGGCCUUCCAGGGAAAGACGGCCCGCCUGGUCUGAGAGGGUUCCCUGGCGACAGAGGUCUUCCGGGUCCCAUUGGACCUGUGGGCCUGAAGGGUAGCGAAGGUCCGCCCGGCCCUCCUGGCCCAGCAGGCUCUCCUGGUGAGCGAGGCCCCGCUGGAGCAGCUGGCCCAAUUGGUCUCCCAGGGCGGCCUGGCCCCCAGGGGCCACCCGGCCCUGCCGGUGAGAAAGGAGCUCCGGGUGAGAAAGGGCCUCAGGGUCCAGCAGGUCGUGAUGGUAUCCAAGGUCCAGUAGGGCUUCCUGGCCCAGCAGGUCCUGUUGGUCCACCAGGAGAAGAUGGAGACAAGGGUGAAAUUGGUGAACCUGGGCAAAAGGGAAGCAAAGGUGACAAAGGGGAACAGGGUCCUCCCGGUCCCACCGGUCCACAGGGCCCAAUCGGCCAACCAGGUCCAGCUGGAGCUGAUGGGGAGCCUGGUCCUCGGGGACAACAAGGCCUCUUUGGCCAGAAAGGAGAUGAAGGACCAAGAGGUUUUCCGGGCCCUCCCGGCCCCGUCGGCUUGCAGGGUUUACCAGGACCUCCCGGAGAGAAGGGAGAAACGGGUGACGUUGGCCAAAUGGGUCCCCCGGGUCCGCCAGGGCCAAGGGGUCCGUCUGGUUCUCCAGGAGCCGAUGGGCCACAAGGUCCACCUGGUGGGAUUGGGAACCCUGGAGCCGUCGGUGAGAAGGGCGAACCAGGAGAAGCGGGAGAGCCUGGCCUGCCGGGAGAGUCUGGUCCUCCGGGUCCAGUCGGUUUUCCUGGAGACCCCGGACCUCCUGGUGAACCUGGCCCAGCUGGCCAGGAUGGCCCAACAGGUGAUAAAGGUGAUGAUGGUGAACCUGGACAGACGGGCUCCCCUGGUCCAACUGGAGAGCCAGGCCCCUCGGGGCCACCAGGAAAAAGAGGCCCUCCUGGUCCAGCAGGUCCUGAAGGCCGGCAAGGAGAGAAGGGAGCCAAGGGUGAAGCGGGUUUGGAAGGGCCUCCUGGGAAAACAGGCCCUGUGGGCCCUCAGGGACCGCCAGGAAAACCUGGUCCAGAUGGACUGCGAGGAAUCCCCGGCCCUGUGGGCGAACAAGGACUUCCGGGUGCCCCAGGCCCAGACGGACCACCAGGCCCACUGGGUCCUCCUGGUUUACCUGGCUUGAAAGGAGAUUCUGGUCCAAAGGGAGAAAAGGGUCAUCCAGGCUUGAUUGGUCUCAUUGGGCCUCCUGGUGAGCAAGGAGAGAAAGGAGACCGAGGUCUGCCAGGCCCACAGGGAGGAUCGGGGGCUAAAGGAGAACAGGGUAUUUCGGGUCCUUCUGGUCCAAUUGGCCCUCCCGGCCCUCCAGGGUUACCAGGUCCCCCUGGUCCAAAAGGUGCUAAAGGAUCUUCGGGUCCAACGGGCCCAAAGGGUGAAAUGGGCCAUCCAGGGCCUCCAGGGCCUCCCGGCCCUCCAGGGGAAGUGAUCCAACCCCUUCCUAUCCAGUCCUCUAAGAGGACACGGCGAAACAUCGACGCCAGCCAAUUGAUUGACGAAGGCAACUCUGACAACUACAUGGAUUAUGCUGAAGGCAUGGAGGAAAUCUUUGGCUCCUUAAACUCCCUGAAACUGGAAAUUGAGCAGAUGAAGCAUCCAUUGGGCACCCAGCACAACCCAGCUCGUACCUGCAAAGAUUUGCAGCUUUGUCAUCCUGAUUUCCCAGAUGGUGAAUACUGGGUUGACCCUAAUCAAGGCUGCUCCAGGGAUUCCUUCAAGGUUUACUGCAAUUUUACAGCUGGUGGUGAAACUUGCAUCUUCCCUGAUAAGAGGUCUGAAGGGGCUAGAAUUACUUCAUGGCCAAAGGAAAAUCCAGGCUCCUGGUUCAGUGAAUUCAAGCGCGGUAAACUGCUCUCCUACGUCGAUUCGGAGGGCAACCCCAUUGGAGUGGUGCAGAUGACGUUCCUGAGGCUCUUGAGUGCUUCUGCCCACCAGAACGUCACCUACAGCUGCUUCCAGUCAGUGGCGUGGCGUGACGACUCCACAGGCAACCACGACAGGGCCAUCCGCUUCCUGGGCUCCAACGACGAAGAGAUGUCCUAUGACAACAACCCCUUCAUCAGGGCUGUCGUCGAUGGCUGCGCGACAAAGAAAGGCCAUCAAAAGACAAUCUUGGAAAUCAACACGCCCAGAGUGGAGCAGGUCCCCAUUGUCGACAUCAUGUUCAACGACUUUGGCGAAGCAUCACAGAAGUUUGGAUUUGAGGUGGGACCAGCUUGCUUCAUGGGCUAAGAGCCACUCGGAACACUAGUCUCCAAAUGAGCAACCUCAUAACCUCAUUGCGCCUUCUCUUUUUGGCUACGUUGUGGUCGUCGUCACGUGCACGUUCUGAAACGGAACGGUUUGAUGGGUUUGUUGUUUUCAUUUGUCUUCUUGUUUCCUCUGAGUCCCAGCUCUUCCACCAGACCCACGACCUCCUGAUGCCCCAGCCAGAGACAGAACCGUUCCCACCACAGGCUCCAGAAUCACAUGACUUAAAAGCACCACCCGGUGGCGGCGGCGGCAACAGCAGCAGCCUCCCACUGCUAUGCGGCUUCUCCUGGCCUGCCAGUGGCUUUGGCUUCCUUGCGUGGCUCGAAGGGGAGAAGCACUCUGGCCACGCCACCAGCACCCGCUCAGUCUCCUUUCUGACAGCCUCACUGGAGUCAGUGAAAGACAUUUCCCCGACUGUGGAGUUUCCUAUCUCUGGAAGGUUCUGAGAAGACCAUGGAGAAACACCGGCCAGGCGUGAGAUGGCGGUUGCCUCUGUAUAGGAAUGUGGACCUUUGCAAGCCCUUCCAGUUAGAAUCUAUGACUUCACUGGGGUUUCGAUCAGAACCCAUCUGGAAUAGCCCUCAAAAUAAUUGUUUAUCUGUUUUCCUAUUUAGAUCCUAAAACUAACGACUGAAACCAAUUGGGGGGGAGGGGAAUUGCAGGUUCUGACUGUAUACCCCAUAUGAUAAAGGUGCUUCUAUUUUUGUAUGUUUGUAAGUAAAUAUUUGUAUAUUAUUAUUUUAAAUAUAAAGUAUCUCUGGCUUCAAAACAUGCAUGUCCUGCAUUGGGCAGGAGGUUGGACUAGACGGUCUGUAUGGCCCCUUCCAACUCUAUGAUUCCAUGACCUACCCAUGCCCCCUGUUGGUAAUUUAAGGAACAACCAUUCUCACUAGCAUUCCAGUGUAGGGGCCAAAACUCCUGUCAGUUAAGGCAAUAAACCACUGAUGUUUGCCCUGUGACAAACAUCCAGGCCCUGGCCACCUGAUCCAAGGGAUGGUUGCUCAGUUGAGUUCCACCAGCCUGCCUCCUCGGUCAGCAUGCUUAGAACUGUGGCCUUAGUUUUGGGCACACAAGCCCUUUUUUGUGUAGUCCAAACGAUGCUUUAUAAAAGUUAAAAUCAAGCAUGUCCUUGUAUGUUUAUGGAAUCAGGGCAAACACAUAACUCCAAAAGCAAGAUAAACUGUGGAGUUUCAGAUGAAUUUUCAGGAAACACCUUGCUCUAUUGGAAUGCCUUUGCUGCAAAAUGCUCCCUAGCCUUUCACAAACGUUUUGUUCUGAUUUGGUCAGCAUUGACGACUAGUUCACACAUGAGGUCAGCUCCAUCACUGUCUUGCCUUCACUUGAUCCAGAGUACAGGUUUAUAUUUUAAAAAAUACCUUCUCCAAAGAAAAAGGCUAGCUUCCCUUUCUGGGUUGCAUCCCCAGGGGAAGUUGCGUAUGGCAGGGAUAUCCAUGGCUUUCCUCUCUUCAAAUACAAAAAGAACUAAACCCCCAGGGGCUCCUGUUUUGUCUUUGUUGGUGCUAUCUGUUUGAAUCACUUUAUGACAACACUGGCGGAGCCCUGCCGUUCGCCAGCCUCCCAGGUCUCUUCGCUCCCACCGGUCCCGGAUGGAGUUUCAUACCAGCUUCACACUCAAUAAGUAGGUUGAGCUGCUGCUUUGAAUCUCAUGGCGGUGCCUUGGAAGACCCGUGUGGAAAGUAUUGAAACUGUGCUUCCUUCUGGGGUUUUGUUUAUUUUUUUUGUAACAAAUAAAAUAUUCAUACAUUUUA